AGGGGGAGGUCAGUGGCUGAGGAGGACGUCCCACAGCAAAUGUCCUGUGAGAAAAGUGUGGAGGUGCUCAGAUCUCCCCCACGUUGACGUCUCUGCUGGUUCUCUGCUCUGAAAGACGUUUACGAUGAAGGUGUGGAUCGUCUUCCUCGUCUGCCUGGCAGGACAUGCCAUGGCUGCCCCAACUGAGGAUGAGCCAAUGGAUGAGGAGCUGGUGGUGGAUGAGGCCAUAGUGGAGGAUCCAAUUGUGGAGGAGGUGGAGGUGGGGGCCAACCCGGUGCAGGUGGAGAUCGGAGAGUUUGACGAGGCCAUCGAGGUUGAAGAAGACGUUGCUGAGAACCCAUGCCUGCAGCACCACUGCAAGAAGGGCAAAGUGUGCGAGGUGGACGAGAGCAACACCCCAAUGUGCGUGUGUCAGGACCCCUCCACCUGCUCCCCCGCAGAGGGACCAUUUGAGCAUGUUUGUGGCACUGACAACAAGACCUACGACACCUCCUGCCACUUCUUUGCCACCAAAUGCACCCUGGAGGGAACCAAGAAGGGUCACAAGCUGCACCUGGACUACAUCGGACCCUGCAAAGACAUCGAGCCCUGCCUGGAUAACGAGCUAAACGAGUUUCCUCUUCGCAUGAGGGACUGGCUGAAGAACGUCUUGGUGACCUUGUAUGAGCGCGACGAGGACAACAACCUGCUGACUGAGAAGCAGAAGCUCAGGGUGAAGAAGAUCUACGAGAACGAAAAGAGGCUUCAGGCCGGCGAGCAUUCUCUGGACCUGCUGGCCCACGACUUUGUGAAGAACUACAACAUGUACAUCUUCCCGGUCCACUGGCAGUUUGGACAGCUCGACCAGCACCCCACCGACGGCUACCUGACCCACACCGAGCUGGCCCCCCUGCGCGCCCCCCUCAUUCCUAUGGAGCAUUGCACCACGCGCUUCUUCGAGGAGUGCGACGCCGACAGCGACAAGUACAUCGCCCUGGAGGAGUGGGCCGCCUGUUUUGGCAUCAAGGAGCAGGAUGUGGACCAAGACCUCAUCAUCUAAGCUCCGCCCACCAGCAGCAGUGCCACAGCUAGUUGCUUCUUUCGGGAAGUGGUGCUAUUAAUCCCCAAAUGGAAAAAAAACCAAGUCAGUUUGGUGCUAACUGCCUUCAUCUUUGCUGCCUAUACCACUAAAAAGUUUCCCAAAAAACAUGUACUAACAUCACUUCAGUAAAUGUAUGAUGUUCAGUAAAUGUAUGUUCAGUAAAUGUAAUGAUGUAAAUGUAUUUUUUGUAAUAUUUAAAUAUGUUUGAGGCCUUCCGAUCAUCAACAUCAAUUACAACUCCGAGGAGACAAAAGUGUAAAGUCCAAAAUAAAGUUGGGAAAUAAAUAACAAUAAUAAUAAUAAUAAUAAUAAUAAUAAUUCCCUGCGCUUUGCUUUCUGCUGCUUCAUGUACUUUGGUUGUCUGUUUUGUGGCUGACUACUGUGCUGUCUGGUUGCCGUGGAGACGUAGAACACACGUGUUCAAAUAAAGAAGACUGAAAUGUUAUACAAGGGGAAAAUCUUGCAGGCUGAGAGGUUUUUUUUUUGUCAAGAAAGUAUUUCUGACAACAGCAGCAAAGCUUCCUUGAAGAAAUAAAACAUGAACACAUC